CACAAAGGAACUAACUUUUUUGAGAAACUAUGGCGAGACUCGUGUCGAAUAUGCGUCUUGUUGUGUUUUUGUUGGGAUUAUUUUUGCUGGGUUCUCCAUCGGGAGGCGAGCCGGAGCCGCAGGAGGUGGAGGAGGAGGAGGAGGAGAGCUCCUGUCAGGGAGCUUUUGACCUCUAUUUUGUCCUGGAUAAGUCUGGCAGUGUGAAGAAUCACUGGGACGAAAUCUACUACUUUGUGGAGAAUUUAGCUGAGAAAUUCAAAAGUCCAAUGCUGAGGAUGUCCUUCAUAACUUUCUCCUCCAGAGCUUCUACCAUCAUGAAACUAACAGAAAACAGAAUGGACAUCAAAAAGGGCCUGAAUGCUCUGAAAAGGGAGAUUCCAGGUGGAGACACAUUCAUGCACCUUGGAUUGCAGAGGGCAAAUGAGCAGAUUUACCAUGAGAACUUUGGCACGGCUAGUGUGAUUAUUGCACUGACAGAUGGAGAGCUGCAGGAGCAUCAGCUCAUCGAUGCACAGCAAGAGGCAGAGAGAGCCAGGUCUCUUGGAGCUAUCGUGUACUGCGUUGGUGUCAAAGACUUCAAUGAGACACAGCUGGCCACCAUUGCAGACACCAUCGAGCAUGUGUUUCCUGUCCUGGGUGGCUUCCAUUCCCUCCGGGGAGUCAUUGAUUCGAUCAUCAAGAAAUCGUGUAUCGAAAUUCUGGCAGCUGAGCCGUCCAGUGUGUGUGCAGGAGAGUCUUUCCAAGUGGUGGUGAGAGGAAACGGGUUUCUUCACGCCAGAAACAUCGACCAGGUGCUCUGCAGCUUCAAAAUCAAUGACACCAUCACAAUCAAUGAGAAGCCGGCUGCAGUAGAAGACACAUUCUUACUCUGUCCAGCUCCUGUCAUCGAUGAAGUCGGAAAGGUGAUUUAUCUCCAAGUGAGCAUGAACGACGGUCUGUCCUUCAUCAGCAGCAAUGUGCACGUCACCACCACCGAGUGUUUCGAUGGCACUAUUCUCCUCAUCACCCUGCUGGUGCUGUUCCUUCUGCUGGCCAUGCUCUUCAUGUGGUGGUUCUGGCCUCUCUGCUGCACUUUGGUAAUCAAAGAAGCUCCUCCUCCACCUCCUCCUGAGCCUGAGUCCGAUGAUGAAGAUGGUCUGCCUAAGAAGAAGUGGCCCACGGUGGAUGCCUCAUAUUAUGGGGGAAGAGGAAUUGGAGGGAUCAAGAGGAUGGAGGUGCGCUGGGGAGGAAAGGGUUCGACCGAGGAGGGAGCUAAGCUGGAGAAGCCGAAGAACGCUGUGGUGAAAAUGCCGGAGCAGGAGUACGAACCCUUCGAGCCCAAACCCAAGAAAGCUCACAACAAGAAGCCCACUCAGAACCGGAAGUGGUACACGCCCAUCCGGGGUAAACUGGAUGCUAUCUUGGCUCUGUUCCGCCGUGGGUAUGACCAGGUCUCUCUGAUGAGACCCCAGCCCGGGGAUCAUGGUCGCUGCAUCAACUUCACAAGAGUGAAGGACGAGUCAGCAGCAGCAGCCAAGGCUCCGCCUCGCACCCCCAUCCACACGCCCUCGCCGCCGCCACCGGACUACCAACCCGUGACCCGCACCCCCUCCUCGUCUCCCACCUCCAGCAGCCCUCCUGCCAGAUCGCCCCCGUCAGGCCCGGUACCCCCAGGUCUGCCGCCGACCCGCACGCCCCCUGGGCUUCCCUGUCCGCCACCAUCGCGCCCCCCACCCAGCCUCCAACCCUGAAUGUCAUAGACAAAGCCCCUCCCCCAAACACCCUGGCUUUGAUCAACAGACUUACAGCUCUGUUGACCAGUUCUCUCAGUUUGAAGGCCGUCGCCCUUCUACCUGGGCCAAAGAUACUCCUGCUAUAAGCCAAAGAUUUUGAAUCCCAGUCACUUUGUUGUUCCUCUCGUAUGGGAGAGGGUGUCAAGUUAAACAGUUGAGUCGUUUCACACAUGCUACCACAAAGCGUGGUUUUAAUACCAAAGACAGUUGUUAUAAAGAAAUAUUACUAACCUUGAUGUCCAAGAUACAGUUUUGUGUGCUAAAGUGAAAUCAUUGCAAAAGCUAAUUUCCUACAGAGCACCAGUCUGUUUGACUUCACAUUUCAUUCCAUACAGAAUGAACAAGAAAUACUUUAACUUUGGUUUAGGAGGAUUGUUGCUGGACAGCAAAGCAUGUUGGGACAGGGAAGUCCACAGAAGAGUAUUGCAAUGGAUGAAACUUGUUUAAUUUGAAUCAACUACUGAGUUAUGCCAUUGUUGUUGAGAAUGAAUUUGAAAAGCAGGUUGUAAAUGGAAAGGAACCAGGAAACUCCAUUUCUUCAUUGGAGUGAGGUUUUGAGGAAUUUGAUUUCCAAGCAAAUUCAAUCAGUCAUGUUGUUCAAAGUAAAAGAAAAGAAAACAUGAAAUUUGCUUAGAAAUGUUUUGGUUUUUAUCCACCUUUUUUGUUUUGUUUCUCUGACAACAUGCAUACCCAACAGAUUCCAGCCCUCAAAUAAAGAGAUGACAGUUACAGUGUCAGGGAAGUGUACAGAUGUUAAAUGGAAGGUUUUUUACAAAAUGUUUGAGAUGUGUUUUUCGAUGCUAUGUCUUUGAGGCCUUGGAUUUUGUCCUUAACCAACUUUUCAUGUAGUUUCAUUAAGAUUACAGCAUUUAUAUUUUUUUUAUUUUGUGUUUUUUUACUUUGGUAUCUGCGCACAUAGACUGCUGGGCAACUACAGUAUGUAUUUGUUUGUUGUUAGCAUCGACACAUCGAAACAUAUAUGAAAUCAAGCAACCAGGUCAAACGUCUUUGCUCACAUUGUUAAUUUUUUUUACUUUGAUACCAUUUUGUGUUUUUUAUAUCUUCAGUUUUAUCAUUGCCGGUCACAUUGCAGGUCACAUUGCAACUGCAGGGCAGUUCAAAGAGCAUCUAAUUUAUUUUACUCCCCCCGAGAGGACUAUAGGAGAGUACUUGAAUAUCGACAAGGUGUCCAACCACCAAGACGGACACUGUGCGCAGACUUUAGAAACACAACACAUAGCCAGUUAAAAGUUAUAUAAGGCUUACCAGCAUUUCUCAACCCCUCCAGCUUCUCAAACUACGACGGAGGUUUAGGGCCAUGUAAAAGAAAAAUGACUUCUAAGAUUUUGAGAAGAAAACUCAAUAAUACAAGAACAAAGUCAUAAUUUUAUGAAAAUAAGGGAUUUUUACGAGAUAAGUAGCAAGGAGAACCCAGUUUUGUGGGAGUUUGAAUUUAUUUGCUGAACAUGGCUGUAGUAAUCUGCCGUAAAGAAAAACUUUGCUGAAACUGAACGUAACCCUUUAACAUUCAGUAAUGUGUGAACUGGGAAUAAUAAAAAGACAAGUGUGUGAAUCUUGGCAUUAUGUGUCUUAAGCUCUUUUCUAUAGCAGCUGAAAAGACGCAAAUAGUGUGUACAGGUCAUAUCAGGAAAAACAUUAUUCCUCUAAAACUGAAUGAUAAAGAAGUACGAGAUUAUGACUUUAGAAAAAUCUGUUGAAAAAUGCUGGUAUUUCUUCUAUAUCCAGUGCCUUAUGGAAUUUUCUCCCUUGACUUUUCUUUUUUUUAUAUACUUUUAGACGUACGUCGUUCAGCUAUGUACUGUACCAUUGUGUCGCCUCGUGCAUUUGUUAUCAGUUGCAGUGUCUUAAAAAAAAGAGUCUCCACUGCUGAGGGAAAGGUCGUGAAGUAAAUUGUUUCACAAAUUAGUAUAACAAAACUUUUUGGGCUGAAAAUGCUUUUUAAAUUUUGAAUCAGCCUGCUGGAGUUGAAUCAACUCAUAAUAGCUUCUUAUUUCUCAAUUACAAUUUUCAUUUUAUGAGACUUAAUAAUUUUCCAACAGUUGGUAGUAUUAUAAAGAAAAUGGUACUGUCUUUCAGUUGGUAUGGGUCCAACUAGAAUGACACUCAGUAAAGUUUAGACCUCCUCCAAAGCCUCCUUAUGAAACCACAUUUAAAUUCGUCAGAUCCUGAUUUUUAUUUGGAUCUGCUCCAAAUUUCACACUUCUAAAUAUCAGUCUCCGAAACGUGUCAGAUUUUUAACAUCAAGUUCCAUAAAUGAAUCUCUGAUAAAUCAAGAGGAAAAAUGUAGGAAAAAAAGUCCAGCCUAUUUCGCGAUGUUAAAGAAAGUGGAAAAAGUAACUGGAUCCACACUGAAAUUAAACAGACUCUUACCUGACCCACACCACAACCUCCCAACACGUUAUGUGGAGAUCUGCCUGGUAGUUUUUGUGUAAUCUCAAACAAACAAACUGACCAGCAAAGAAACGGACAGGCGUGAGAGCCUCGUUGGCAGCAAGACAAAAACAGAAACAGAUCAGACUCUGGCCGGUCUCACGGUUUGUUAAGUUACACAAUUCUGUUGCGUUACAUUGUGUUAUCUGCAACAUCAAACUGCACCUUUGUGAGACUUCAUCCUUUAACUCCCGUCAGGUUGCCAAGUGAUCGAAGCUCUAAAGCAACGCAGGUCUCUUCUCCUUCACUGACAAUACACAAAAUGUAUAAUCAUAUGUGAAAUGAAGAUUCCUCGGUUUCGUUACCUUGGUCCCAGCAAUGCAUCUUUUCUAAUUUGCUCUAAUAAUAACAACUUUAUUCACAGCCAAGAAGAAUUACAUUAUCAAUGCAGCAUCAGUGUUUGAAAGGGAGGUUCUGCAGUUGUUAUCACUGUCAGAUGAGUAGAGAUGCAUUAUGUUAACCAGUGUAUUAAACAGCAGUACUGAAGCAAAUAUGAAAGACGUAUAUGAUUUUCUUCAUUUGUUGACAUGACUUUUUUGAACAGUAUCAAUAAAAGUUCACUUCCAAGCUUCCA